CGAGUUUGAAGUAGGAAAACGAACAACCGGCUGCUUCAACUGUGUUUGUCUAUAUUACACCAUUCACACAAAACUCGAAGCCGAUCUGAAACAAAAGAAAUUUAUAUUACCAGGAUGUCAUUUUCUAGUGGUUCCCUUUUCCAACCUGCCCAAUCUUCUACAUCAACUACAGGAGGGUUGUUUGGAGGAACUGGGCAAACUGGUACCACUUCAUUUGGAGGAUUUGGGGGACAGCAGGUCAACACAGCAAAUCAACCCUUUUCAUUUGGAACCCAACAAGUAAAUGCUACACCUGCACUAGGAUUUGGCACCCAACAAACAAACACCACAGCAGCAGCACCUACCUUUGGAUUUGGUACAACACAGGCUACUUCAGCAACCCCAGGCUUUGGAUUUGGAGCUACACAGACUAGCACUGCUCCUUCAUUUGGUUUUAGUGGAACACAAACAAGUUCAGCUGCUCCCACUUUCGGUUUCGGAGGAACUCAAACCAACCUUGGGGCUCCAACAUUCGGAUUUGGGCAGCCACAGACUAGUAAUACUGGCUUCGGCUUUGGUCUGGGAACAUCUACUGCUUCAACGUCUACCGGACUUUUUUCUGGAACUGGAGGUGGAUCAUUCGGGGCAUCCCUUGGAAGUACUGGGACUGCACCAUCAGGUACAUCCUUUUCUUUAGGGACCCCUGCAUUUGGAAGCACAGCACCUUCAACCGGGCUGUUUGGUCAACAAACACAACCACAGCCUACCCCUCCCGCGCAGCAAGCCGGCACACAAGUAGAAUCUGUUUUGUCUUCUGUACUUUAUUGUAACGUUUAUGGUGAUGAGCGAGACGCAAUCUUGGCCCGUUGGAAUCUUCUGCAAGCGGCAUGGGGAACCGGAAAAGGUUUUUACUCUGGCACGGCCAGUGCUGUACAAUAUACUGCGGAAAAUUCAUUGUGUCGUUUCAAAGCGAUUGGUUAUAGCAAACUACCACAAGGAAAGAAUGAAGAUGGAAUAAUUGUAUUGCUAUUUAACAAACCUGAAGCAGACAUUCGUCGAGAUCAAGCCCAAUUAGUAAGUGUCAUAACUACAGCACUGGGAAACAAGCCGAACCUUAACGUGACCGUGGAGGGUGUUUCGGGGUUGGACAUAAAUAAAACAGAAGUCCUUAUCUGUGUUCAAGAACGAUCAGCAACCGGUGCCAUCCACAAGGUACCUGCCAUUGAGCUGUCCUCAUUCCUAUGGAGCCAGCAGCCAUCUGGAAUGAUGCAAACAGCUCGUGGUCAACUCAGCACGCUCGGCGUUGUUUCCUGCGUUCCAAGGGUGCGACCAACGCCCGAACAAUUGCGGGAAUAUCUGGCAUCUCCUCCGGCUGGUAUCGAUGCUCGAAUCUGGAAACAAGCGCAGUCGGAAAAUCCUGAUCGUGAUAAUUUCAUACCUAUACCAUUGAUUGGAUUUGGCGAUCUUGUUCGCCAUCUUCAUCUUCAGGAAAAGGAAACUCGCCGACACCAAGGAACAUUGGACAAAUUAGCAGAAGAAUUAGCUAACCUGCAAUCGCGAGCAUCCGAAACAUCAGUAGCGCUAAGCGAACAGCGACGACGAUACAUAGAUUUGCAGCAUCGAAUCCUUAAAGUUCUGAUAAAACAAGAGUGCUCACGAAAAGAGGGCUUCGCCCUGCAACCAGAAGAAGAACGAUUAAGAGUGCAACUCGAGUCUGUGCACAACGAACUCAGUAUCCCUACGCAAUUUAGAGGUCGACUAAAUGAAUUGCUAUCACAAAUUAGGAUGCGACAAUCUGCUUUUAUGCCAGCAGAAAGAAUGGCAGAACGGUACAAUAUAGAACCAAAUGUUUUGGAUGAUUUAAAACAAGUAUUGAAAUCGCAGCAAGAAGGAAUGGCUCAGUUGAUGAAUAUUCUUAAAGAAGAUUUCAAUGAUUUACUUGUCUUAGAUAAUGCUUUGAAACAUUAAUUUUGUCAAUGGAUGACUUGAGAGCUUUUGAUAAGCAAAGUAUUUGUUUUAUUGUAUUCCAUUUUCGGAAGGCUCUAACACAGAAAUAUAUUUUGCACUUGUACUGUUCA